AUGCAGCAGAAAAAGAAGCGGUCUGUUCACCAUGCCGCGGCGGCAGCCGAGAGCGGCAGUGCUGAGGAGAAUGCGGCAUUCCUUGCCGCUAGCUCGACCUCUGACGCGGCGCAACAUUUGCUUACUCAGCCAGCUGUAGAACCGAGAAUGAAGAAGAAGGUUCGGCGCCAACGGGAGACAGGUGCCGAGGCGCAUGCUGCGGAACCCGCGAGUACAGCGUCGCCACGGGCGGUCCGACGCAGCCUUGGUCACCGACGAGCAGGAGCAACAGACAAAUCGCAGGGUCAUUCGACAAACUGCUGCAUCGUUCUCACGCACUGUCCACUGUACCUUUUCCGCGACAAGCGACAUUCCUCAACUGCGAGUCUCUUGAACCUGGACGACCAUCGGUACCUUCUGAUGGGCCGUUCCUCCUCUCCGACAGCUGACAACUUUGCUUUUCCGUUCCUCGACAAAAUGCAGGCGCAGCUUCGCCAGCUUCAUGAUCCAGUUUUGCAGCGUUCAAGCGAACUCGCUGAAGCCGCAGCAGUGCAGGACAGAGGCAUAGCGGCAGCGAUUGAAGCCGCAGGCGCAAGGGCCUCGGCACUCGCGGAGGACCGUCGGCUGCUUCUUGAAGCGUCAAUGCGUUCUGAUGUCGUUCACCAGUGUCUCUUGAACCUCCUUGACUCGGUUGCGGUAUCCCAACUUCGAACUGGCGUACCACACUUUGCCGGCGGUACGAACGCCUGCGGGGAGGACACUCCCGGCGCAGAGUCCACAGCCGCUGUCGGGGGAGGUGGGAAAGGUAAACCCUCGGGAAAGCCUGCCCAGCCACGGGACAUGAACUUGGAUUUCCUUCUGCACACCAUGGACGGCAAGCUGCUGCGUAUUUCCCCUUCUUUUCGCGUCCCGAGAAACUUCAAAGUCUUCAAGAAAGUCGCGACGAUGGCACUUUCGUCACCAACCGGAAAGCUGCGCGGGAGUUCGACGGCGCGAACAGACAAGACCCGCCGUCACGGCUGGGCACCUGCUGAGAGGGAGAGGACCGCUCCGGAGGACCGUGCCUCGGACGAGGACAGUGAGGCAGACGCCCACCCCGAGGAGGAAGAGGAAACGCUCAUUGAAGUGUUGCAACCUCCCUUUUGGAGGCAUCUUCCGAACAACUACAGGCCCAUAUGUCUAUCUGCUUCACGCCAUGCGCCCAAGGUCGUCUUGCGCCGGCUGAUGACAGAACUUCGGGAGCAGACGGACCUCGUUUUUAUGAUCUCUGCGUGUCCCUAUCUUGACGCGGCGGCUAUUCCGCGGUGUCUCGUGCGCCCUCGAACGCCCCUGCUGGUGAAUGGCAAGGAAGAAUCGAAGGCGCCUGGCCCGGCUCUGAAGGACGGUGUGCCGGGGCUGGCGGAUUUUGUUCCAGAAGGGCAGCAGUCACAAGGAGACGACGCCUGCGACAGCACUCCCGUUGCCAUCAGCAUUUCCAAUUUCCCCAUGUCCGCCGCCGUCAAAUGCGACAGGCUUAUCUACGAGCUGACAUCGUUUCUGCCGAGCACUCCGCCAAGUUGA